AGUCAAUUUAUUUAAAAAUGACACAUGCUUGUACAGAUGUGACCACUUAGCUUCAUAAGAAACCAGUGCCACUAAUAUAACAUUUAAGGAGCAAAAUGUGCUACAGUCACACAACAAACACAAACACAAGUGCACUAACAAACCAGAAAAAAAGCUUUUAUUCCAUAAGAGAUCAUAUUCAAGACAAAUUCAGUGCAGCUGGAACUUCAUUUUUGCUUUUUACAAUGUAACGUGUACAUAAAUGCAGCCUUUUCCAAUGAAGAACGCUACUGACAUAAAAACGACCAAAACCUUUGGAAUUUUUGAAACAACUGUAGCCUACAGUAUCAGAUAAGAAAGACUCAUCUUUAACCCGGUCAAAUACAUGAGAUAAACAAAUUAUUGCUGUCUCUCCCUUGUCAGAGUGCACUGACUUGUUUGCUUGAAAGCCCUGACACAACAGGGACAUUUUGGUGUGUAGAAGAACAAAAGACAGCUGCACAAAGUGUAGUUGUGACAACAACACAUUUCUGACCUGGCUCAUGCAGAUGAUCUGGUAUAAACACCACAGGCUUUCUAUUUAGUUUGGAUCACUUUUAGAAAAGAAAGUAUAAGGGUGUUUUGGGGGGCUGCCUAAUUUACUGCUAACCAAGACUCUUCAGUCUGUUAUACAGCUUCAUAGUGGGGAUUGUAAAAUGUGUUAGUUCACUAUUACAUUUAGAGACAUUAUACAUACACCUGGCUUUUCUUCUUCAUUGUCUAUGUGUAAUGUUUUUUCUGAAUAAAGGGUUACAACAAAUUGUAACAUUCAAAUAAAAACAUUUAAUGGAGUCAGUUUGUCAGUUGUGAUAGCCACCUAAAAUCUAACCAGGCACCAAGAUCAUUAAAGUACCCGAGUUAGGGCUCUGAAUUGCACUUAAAUAUCCAUCCAUUAACCUUAUUGAACACACAGGUAGUUGUGUUAGUAAUGGACAACACUCCAGUUACAGACAGGGAAAACAACCUGGGGGGUGUAAACGUGGAAAAAUAUGAAACCUGACCUUUGGAUAGUUUAGCUUCAAACACUGAUCAAACGCACAUAUAGUGAUUUAUGGUCAAAAUCAUUUGGAUCACAGUUUGUGAAUAUAUUUUCUGUGAUUAUCUUCCUCUGGGUGACUGUGGAUAUCAGAGAUAAAUGUAAUACCUCACUAUAGUUUAAGACCUCCACACACAUAUAAAUACAUUUUAGACUGAUUCUUUUGGGAAGGUUUCAGUUGACAGAUAGCACAGAUAGAGGCUAUUCUAGGAUUUUGUAUUUUACAAUUGGAGGCCCCAUAGUCAUCAAUCAUCAAUGAAUCAUCAAAUCAAGGUUGAUGGGAUUUCACUCCUGAGAAGAAUUAACGAAUUAUUACAAAACAAAAAUUACAUGAAAUGAAAUCAAAUGUUCAUUGUAAAAUUAAGACCUCAUAAAAGUAAAUUUAAAUUGAUCAGAGUCUCCCUCCACUCAAAAAUGUGUUUCGCAUUUUGUUACUUCACAUGCAUGUUUUAUCUUCACUGUGCAGUAUAAUGUAUGUGCAGUUUUUGACACUAGAAGACUGUUAGAAAUGAGGAACUACUUCUUGGAACCUGUGUGGUACAUCAAAUGUGGUUCCGCAGCAAUUAUGGAACAGAAAGUGAGAAGGUUUCAGUCUCUGGCAAACAAAUUCUCCCAUGUCUGGCCAAUCUAGGCUUUUUUUUUUUUUAAAUAUAGCUAUAGGCCUACAUACAGUACUUCUUGGCCAUGUUAUCUUUGUAGGUUGGAAGCUGUUAUCAAUAAAUGUACAGUUAAAUAGAUAUAUCUCUAUUUCCCACCUUCAGUUUACACAUGACACACUGAAAGACACUUUUGAAAGCAUGAGGCAAGAUAAACAUGACAUGAGGACAUCUGAGGACAGCUGAACAAUCACAAAAGAUAGCCUAUGAAAAUCCUCUCAUUGGGUCACCACCAGCCAAGACAGAGACUUGUAUGUUUAGACAGCUUGAUGUUUGAAGUCCAGGGGGCUAUCAUCCUGGGUCUUUUUACGCAAUACUUACUGACUGCACCACUAUCUAGCCCUAUAAAAGCAGCCGUAACUUCACUGAAAGUUAGAUGCGCUUCGGGUUGUUUUUGCCAUCUCUACCUUUAAUCUUGUGUCUCUCUCUGGAACACGAAAAUGUAUGCAGCCAUCACGCUCUUCGUCCUCAUGUGCUUGACUGCCACCACCCAUGCAGAGCACCAUCAGCCUUGCCAUGCACCCAAUAUGACAGGAUUCAUGACUGUGAUAUCCCUAAAGGGUGAGAUUAGAGCAUUUGGUGCGUUCACUUACGAGUCAAUGGGCAAGAAACUGCGCUUCAGAUCAAACGAGAGCCACCCCACGAACACAUCACUAGGUCUGGAUCUACUGAUGUUUUUUGAAGAGGGGGUAUUCUACGAGAUUGACAGCAAAAACCAGAGCUGUGAGAAAAAGUCGUUGCAAUCAACCCUGGAACCGCUAGAUAUUCCCGAUGAUGCCACGUUUUUGUCUACGCUACACAGUGGGAGUCCAUCCAUUGAAGGGGAGGGAUUAAAGAUCAACGCGUGGACAGGAUCAAUGCCAGAAUUGAAAGGCCACUACAUCAUGUCUGUAACCAUGGGAUGUUUGCCUGUGAGCACACUCUACUUCACUGAGUCCACAUCAUUCUUAAUCAGCAACACGGAUGUUGAACUCGAGAUCAAGGACCCCGAUCUCCUCGUGGUCCCCUCCUUUUGUCUCGGACUGCCUGUGGAGGAGACACCUGAAGGGACAGUAAAUAGUUUCCUCAAUGAGUUCAUGUAGAUGAAGCCUCACCAUGCAGCAGAAAAUCAAACCCCUAUCCAAGCGUGGCCUGCCAGAACUUUUAGACUUUUCUCUCCUUUUUCACGUGUGACCUGAGUUCUUUGUGUGUCACUGCACUGCCUCACACCUGUUUGAUCUUCCACUCCCCAAUGAAGAUAUGGCUUUGAAGGGAUCAUACUGUAUACAUACGUUUUCAUUUAAGGAAAGAAAGGUGACAUGGAUUAUAGAAUUAGUUAUAAUUACUAACAGUUGGUGGAUUUUCAAGUUGGAACUGCUUACAAAACCUGUAAGAUAUGAUUAAUGGAACAAUAAAAUGUCAAAGCUGUCAAUGGUGUGAAGAGUACUUUUUUCAGCCAAGAUUAUUUCCUGAUGAAGUGUUUGAUUUUGGCUUGACUGUGUACAGUAACCAACCAUUUCAGAACUGCGUGGCUGGAUUAAUCCACUAGGGGGGCCUCGGGCAAAAAGUACCUGCUAUGCCCAAAUUGAUGCCAUGUGCUCUCCACUCUCUGUGGCUUGUACAGACCUAUCAAAUACAGUGUAAACAGCAGACUACACCCUGCAGCUCAGCUGUGUUUCUCAGAGAUUCAGUGGCAAUUAGUUUUUGGUCAUUUUAUUUAACACCAUUUUGAGAAUAUGCAACACAAACACAAUAUCUGCUAAAACAAAAAUAUUUAAACUGACAGUUCAAGAAAUCAUUGUCUCCAAAAGA